AUAUGUAUUUUAGUGCUCCUUUGGACAAAGUUCUAGCAGAAUGAAUAUUUUAUUACAUGUAUAUCUGUGUUUUACAGCUGCACUCCAAUUCCGACAAAGGUGAUGGAUCAGUCAAAUACAUUCUUACUGGCGAAGGGGCUGGGACUAUCUUUAUUAUUGAUGACACGACGGGAGACAUCCAUUCAACCAAAAGCCUAGAUCGAGAAAAGAAGACACACUAUGUGCUACAUGCCCAAGCUAUUGACAGAUGGACAAACAAACCACUUGAGCCUGAAUCUGAGUUUAUUAUCAAAGUACAAGAUAUCAAUGACAAUGCACCCAAAUUUACAGAUGGACCAUAUAUCGUUACUGUGCCAGAGAUGUCUGAUAUGGGUACCUCAGUUCUUCAGGUGACAGCCACAGAUGCAGAUGAUCCCACCUAUGGAAAUAGUGCCCGAGUUGUUUAUAGUAUUCUUCAGGGACAGCCAUAUUUCUCUGUUGAUCCUAAAACAGGAAUGAGCCCAUGA